AAGACGCUCUCAGAUCAGUCAGUGGCUUCAUGGAGUUAUGUACCUCUGAUCCGCCGCCAUGGAUUGCAAUCCGCGAUCACUCCUUUUCAUUUUACCUCUUUUGUUGUCCUGCGUUGCUCCUGCGUUUCCCAUCAUCUACCCCCCUAAUGAAGUCAACCUGUUAGACUCUAAAGCAAGCCAAGGGGAGCUAGGAUGGAUUUCCUACCCAUCGCAUGGGUGGAGGGAAAAUUGGGAGGAGAUCAGUGGGGUGGAUGAGCACUACACUCCCAUCCGGACCUUCCAGGUCUGCAAUGUGAUGGAGUACAGCCAGAACAACUGGCUCCGCACCAACUGGAUCCCUCGCCAGUCAGCCCAGAAGAUCUACGUGGAACUGAAGUUCACCCUCAGGGACUGCAACUCCAUCCCACUGGUGUUAGGCACCUGCAAGGAGACCUUCAACCUCCUCUACCUGGAGACAGACGACGACCAGGGUAGCCACUUCAGAGAACACCAGUUCACUAAGAUCGACACCAUCGCUGCUGAUGAGAGUUUCACCCAAAUGGACCUCGGAGAUCGCAUCCUCAAGCUCAACACUGAGGUGCGCGAGGUGGGUCCCAUGACCAAGAAGGGCUUCUACCUGGCGUUCCAGGACGUGGGCGCCUGUGUAGCUUUAGUUUCAGUGAGGGUUUACUUCAAGAAGUGCCCGCACACUGUGAGGAAUCUGGCCUCCUUCCCUGAUACGGUGCCCAUGGACUCCCAGUCGCUGGUGGAGGUCAAAGGCUCAUGUGUCAAUCACUCCAAAGAGGAGGAGCCACCGCGAAUGUACUGCAGCACGGAGGGGGAGUGGCUUGUGCCUAUUGGGAAGUGUCUUUGUAACCCCGGGUACGAGGAGAGAAGCAACACCUGCCAAAUGUGCAGGGCCGGCUUCUAUAAAUCCACGCUCGGAAAUAUGGAGUGCUCAAAGUGUCCGCCUCAUAGCUUCUCUCACCAUGAGGGGUCGCUGCACUGUGGCUGUGAGAAAAACUACUUCCGUGCUGAAGGGGACCCCGCCUCCAUGGCCUGUACCCGCCCCCCUUCAGCUCCUCGCAAUGUGAUCUCUUCCAUCAACGAGACCUCAGUAAUUCUGGACUGGAGCUGGCCGGAAGACACCGGCGGGCGCAGGGACAUCACCUUCACCGUCCUCUGCAAACGCUGCCGUGGCGGGGCUGCUAACGGCAGUAACGGUGGCAACCAGCGUUGCGAGCCUUGCCGGAGCAACGUUCACUUCCUGCCAAGAGCCACAGGUCUCCACAACACCACGGUGACUGUGGGCGACUUGCUUGCCCACACUAACUACACCUUCGAGAUCGAAGCGCUAAACGGUGUGUCAUCGCUGGCACCCAAGAUGAGGCAGUACGCCGCCGUCACCAUCACUACCAACCAAGCUGCUCCCUCCCCGGUAACGGUGAUCAAAAAGGAGAAGACGUCUCGAAACAGCGUCUCCCUGUCCUGGCAGCAGCCUGAAAGACCCAAUGGCAUUAUCCUCGACUAUGAGAUCAAAUACUACGAAAAGGAGGAGCAGGAGACCAGCUACACCAUCCUUCGCGCUCGGGGCUGUAAUGUGACUCUGAACGGUCUGAAGCCCAACACUGCCUACCUGCUGCAGAUUAGAGCUCGGACCGCUGCCGGAUAUGGAGCCAGCAGCCCCAGUUUCCAGUUUGAGACCAGCCCCGACUCAGCCUUCUCUAUCUCCAGUGAGAGCAGCCAGGUGGUUCUGAUCGCCAUUUCCUCCGCCGUGGCCAUCAUCCUGCUCACUGUGCUGCUCUACGUCCUGAUUGGCAGGUUUUGUUGCCACAGUAAAUCCAAACAUCCUGAUGAAAAAAGACUGCACUUUGGCAACGGCCACUUGCGUCUGCCGGGUAUCAGGACCUACGUGGACCCCCACACGUACGAGGAUCCGAGCCAGGCUGUGCAUGAGUUUGCAAAGGAGCUGGACGCCUCCUGCAUCGCUAUCGACAAAGUGGUGGGAGCAGGUGAGUUUGGCGAGGUGUGCAGUGGUCGCCUGAAGCUGCCCAGCAAGAAGGAGAUCUGCGUGGCCAUCAAGACUCUCAAAGGAGGAUACACAGACAAGCAGAGGCGGGACUUUCUUGCUGAGGCGUCAAUCAUGGGACAGUUUGACCACCCCAACAUCAUCAGGCUGGAGGGGGUGGUAACACGCAGUAAACCCGUCAUGAUUGUCACAGAAUACAUGGAGAACGGAUCCCUGGACAGUUUCUUGAGAAAGCACGAUGCCCAGUUUACAGGCAUCCAGUUGGUCGGCAUGCUGCGUGGCAUCGCCUCGGGCAUGAAGUACCUGUCAGACAUGGGCUACGUUCACCGAGACCUGGCAGCUCGAAACAUCCUGGUCAACAGCAACCUUGUGUGUAAAGUGUCAGACUUUGGCUUGUCCCGAGUCCUGGAGGACGACCCGGAGGCUGCUUACACCACCAGGGGAGGUAAGAUCCCCAUCCGGUGGACCGCUCCCGAGGCUAUUGCCUACAGGAAGUUUACAUCAGCCAGUGAUGCUUGGAGUUAUGGCAUUGUACUCUGGGAAGUGAUGUCAUAUGGGGAACGGCCAUACUGGGAGAUGUCCAAUCAGGAUGUAAUAAAGGCUGUAGAUGAAGGAUAUCGCCUCCCCCCACCCAUGGAUUGCCCGGCUACCCUCUACCAGCUGAUGUUGGACUGCUGGCAGAAAGAGAGGAACAACCGCCCUAAGUUUGAACAGAUUGUCAGCAUCCUGGAUAAACUCAUCCGUAACCCCGGUAGCCUCAAAAUCACGGCCAACACCACUUCCAGGCCAGCCAACUUGUUGUUGGACAGGAGCAGUUCAGAGGUUCCCGCGAUGGGGACGCUGGGUGACUGGAUGGAUGGAAUGAGGACCUUGCCCUGCAAAGAGGCCUUCUCUGGGGUCAGCUACAGCUCCUGUGACACCCUGGCCAAGACCUCCACCGAGGAUCUGAAAAAGGUUGGUGUGACUAUCGUAGGACCGCAGAAGAAGAUCGUGAGCAGCCUCAAAGCCCUAGAUUCCCACACCAAGAAUGGCCCAGUACCUGUUUAAGAAAUGAACCCAGCAAGUUAAAAGAACCAGAGACUUGUCUGUCGGUGUGGUUGCUAAUCACAGUCUAACACAGUGGCUUCAUAUGUAAACUGAAAACGGAUGGAAAUGAAGGAAAAAUAUGUGAUCGAAAUGAGGGCUUUUGUUGUUUCGUUGAAAGACGAUAUCAAGUCCUGACAGAGAAACGGUACAGACCUGCCAGCUCAUUAACUGGCUGACUCUUUGACCCUCCGUCCCUCCAUGCCCAAGUUGAGAUGCCUUACAGACAAAUAGGGGGGUUAGAGAGAGCAGAGGAAAGCCAAGGAGGUCAAGGAGACCUGCCUAGGGAUACAAAAUGGGACAGGACUGGGAUACAGGGCAAGGACUGGACUAACAUAAAGCCGGAGCUCUCCAAUAUUGGCUACGCUGGACAGCAUAGCCUUCCCUUUACAGCAAAAAGGGGACAGGCAUGCUCAAAGUCUCCUCCCUCCACGCCUGACUAGGCAGCCUGUGGAACGAGGCAGUGAAAUGGUGUGUAGAAGAGCACGGCAGACAGCAGCAGCUCACCCCAAUGUGGACCCUUCCUGGACUAAUGAGGUCUGAGGCGUGAGAUUUUGUUAUAACUACCUACAUUUACUGUCUCUAUCCAUGAGAGAACUGAGCUGGUUAUGGACACACCUAGAUGUUAACCGAGCCAUUUUACUCUGUAGCUCUAACUCUAUAGCAUUUGCAUUCAGUAGACAUGUCACAUAAAAGCAAUAAUUAUGAUAAUCAGUUAAAUAGUCUCAUUGUUCGGAAGCCAUGAGUCUGUCACAUGUACAAUGUAUUGAACGCUGUGCUUUGAAGGUACAGGGGCCAUUACACACUUCACACACAGAAUUUUCUUUAUGGGGACAUCUAUGUUCUAUGUGCUUAUGAACAGAUAUUGUACAGUUAUAGUGCCGUUCCCUCAACCCAAUGCCCUUUGUGUGAAAUCUCAGGAUGUAUACGUUAUUCAUUGUAUUUUCUCUAACAAGGGGAAACAGACAGAAGGAAUGGAGCAGUGCCAGGAACUGAGGGCGCAGGUUAAGAAAGACAGAAAGUAGAAACUGUAAGAGAGAAUUUUAUGAGAGGAAAAAGAGAAUCUAUGAUGAAGUAGUGUCUUUCAGGCCUCUGCUUCAAACGUUGUUGUUGUGUUGCGGAAGUGUUUUAAACUAGAAGAGUUUGUACUUGAGUUUCUUCAGGUAAGGCAAGUUAGCAUCAUCAACCCCACACAACAUCAGGUAUCAUUUUCUUUCCAAGGAGUGGGAUUUGUUCUGUGAUCAAUCACCUGUUUCAGAUAAUAUCAGCCCAUGAAAUGGCUGUUAUCAGUUAUUAUCACUCCCAUUAUAAUGCUUCAGAUGGAGCAAACUGCAGUAACCAUUAGGCCAGAACAUGCAUAUCAAUGUUGUGAAGUUAGUUAGUUUUCACUUUCCUUAGGUUUAGGCACCAAAAGUACUUGGAAAGAGAUUAUGAUUUGGGUUGAAGUAAGUACGUUAGUUAUGUAACUUAAGCUACAAACAUAAGUUACCUUACGUUUUGUACUUGAAUACCUAUGUAACUUAGAAAAAAGGUAAACUUUUGGUUUCGCCUGGGACAUAAAGAGCAGUCUCCCAGGUGAAAUGUCUUAUGUAUCUUUGAGCCAUCCAUCCACCCUAUCGUCCUCCCUACACAUAUUUUAUCUCUCUUCAGACUAUGUCACCUGUCUUCCUCCUUUGCUCCUGUUAUAAUUACUAUGGCCACCUAACAUUAAACAUAAAUAUAAGAGGUAGAGUAGAGCCACACCUCCUCAAAUCUAUGCUACCGAUGACAACUGAUAAUGGCCAUUUAAUGGGCUGAUAACAUUCAAACCAGGCAGAUCUGUUCAGAAGGUUGAGAUCAACACUGCUGAUCCGAGGGUGUUGUAAUAUUGCUUUAGUCUGAGUCCAUAACUUAUUAACAAAAGCCAUGUGGGAUCUGAAAAAUGCUAUUAAAAAGAACUUUAUCCUAGUUUGAAAUUAAUCCAUAAACCCUGGUGUGUUUAACACAAAAAGUAGAGUGCCUCCUCUAGUUGGGUUGGAUCAUGGUGGCAUCAUCAAGCAAAAAAAGCCCCUGUUUUGAUUUACUUUCAACAAAGUCUUGGUCUUUUUUCUUUGUUUUCAAAGGGGUAUGAGGUUUUCUCAUCACUGCCCUAAACUAACAAUGUGUGAAAAUGCCCUGAAAGAGAUGCAACACGUCCAAUAAAUGAUUGCUUUCUGAGAUAUUUUCUAGUACAAUAUAUGUCAACGAUGGGAUUUCCUAAAGGCACCUUAGAACUUAGAUGGUCUUUUUACUAUGAAGUACAGACUUACAGAUAUUAGUCUCUUGCUUUGAUGUCACCCAGUCAGUCCCUCAGUGCAACACAUACCCAGUAUUUCUAAUCUGGCACUUUGGUACUUUGUGCUGUCGGAUGGGUGACAUCUAACCACGAGGCUGCUAUCUGAAGCUUCUUCCAAGCACUUAGUACACACUAUUUGAGCACUUUGAAUGGAAAUGGUAUUGCCUUGGCUAUAAACUAAGUUUACCUAAUGGAAAGGAGUGAUCUUGGUGCUUUUGGGAAACCCGUCCCUGUACAGUGCGUCAGUCGGUCCUCUGUUACUUGGUCUACCUGUGGAUGCUGCUGUUGCUGCUAUGUGUUCUAAUUAGCAUGUACAUAAUGUAAACCAUCGUAAUGAUAGCAACUAGCGCUACAGAUCCCACUAUAUGUACAUGGCCAUCCCUCUUUGUACAAAUGUUUGUAUGUAUAAAAGAAUAAAUAAAAAAUGUGCAACAUUUUUAAUUAAAAAAGAGACAAAAAUCAUCUGUAUUAUAUUUUAUCUUAUGUUGAAUUAUAUUUGUCUGCUUUGUUUGUUUUUCUUUUCUACAAUAAAAAGGCAAUUAUGAUUACAUUAUUAUUUAUUUGUUAACAUUAUGCAGCGCAAUGUUGAUGGAUUUUUUUUGUAGCAUACAGUAAAUUAUGUGGCAGUGCUAUCUGUGUUUUGGUUUUUGACUUACUUUAAACCUGGGACAUCUGAGAGAGCAAUACUGUUAUGCACCCUAUAUCCAGAUCCCUCAUUUUCUGUCUCAAGACUGACCCGUGUGUCUGUGUGAGAGUUUACGUGUGCAAAUGUAGAUGGCCUUGUCUACUAAUGUAAAAUGAUUUGUAGUGGAAACAUUUAUAUUUUUAUAAUAAAUAUUCGCAAAAUAUUUUCCAAAAAAAUGGAUGAUGAUA